GGCACUUCUCCCCGCCGCGGCAACUCUGGGGUUAGGGCUGCAGGAUAGGUGCCCUGGCCCCAGCAGGUCCGUGCCUGGGGCCGCGCUUGGGCUGGGCCGGGCCACAGCAGAGUUGGGGCCGGGGGAGGGGUGCUCCUCCCCCGACUGCAGCAGGUCCCCAGGUGGGUUCCUUGAGCGCCUGUGUGGUGCUAAAUAGGCUGCUGCACAGCUCACAGGGAACUUAUAUCAGGUCUACUAUCUAUCCCUGUGGAAUCCUAUUAGACACCCCAUCAUGAUUCCUGAUUGACAACUACUUUUUGAGAUCAGUGAACUAGCAAGUUCUUAAUCCUUUUGUGUGAUUUAUUGAUAUUGUAUAAUGUUAAAUUUGUAAUUAGAAUGUCAUGUUGUAAAAAGUCAAAAAUGCCUUAAAAAAUCCUAAAUUUUUUACAUCCGUACAGUUACCUUUAUCAACCAGACUUGUAAUCUCAUCCAAGAAUGAAAUCAGGUUUGUUCGAUCAGACCUAUUUUUCAUAUAACCAUGUUUACUGGCAUUAAUUAUAUUCCUGUCUUUUAAUUUUUUUUUAUCAAUUGGAUAUCAUAUCAGCUUUUCUGUUGUUUUGCCUGGGAUUGAUAUAAGGCUAAGCAGCCUAUAUUUACCUCAUCCUACUUGCCCUUUUUUAGCAUGACAUUAGUACUCUUUUGGAAUUUCCAUGGUAUUCUAAGAUUUAUUAACAUAAGUGAGCCAGACAUCUCCUCAGCCAACUCUUUUAGGACUGUUGGGUGCAAGUUAUCCGGGCCUGCUGAUUUUAAAAUGUUUAUGCCUCAUGGAUGUUGUUUAAUAUCCUCCUUGGUUAGUAAAUGACCGGAAAGUACUUAAUGUACCUAUAUCGCACAAGGGAUGAUGAUCCUGCUCCUUUCCAAAUACAGAAAAGAAAUAUUCAUUGUACCCUGCGUUUACUGAGUCAUUGACAAUUUUAUCAUAUCCAUCUAGUAAUGGAGCAUACCAUUGCUAGGAUUUCAUUUGUUCCUAAUAUACUUUAAAAAACUCCUCCUUAUUGUGCUAACCCCACCAGCCAUGAAUUGUUCCCUGAUGUCUUUAGCUUCCCUUAUCAAUUUUCCAUACUUCAUAACUUCUUAUUUAUAUUGAUUGCUGUCUCUUUCCUCUUUUUUCAUGUGUUUUAUAUUGCUCUUUAAAUUUCUAGUUGUUGCCUUCACUUUGCCACUGAACCGGGAUUCUUUGAACCAAAGUUAUCCUCUUUCUUCCCUGUGGAUUUGUGGCUUUUGGGCCAUCUAAUAAAAUCUGCUUAAAGAACUCUCAACUUUUGUUCACAUUUCUGUCUAAUUUUUUCUUCACAUACAGUAUCUAGCUUACGCUUCACACCCUGUGCUAUGUUGCGUGUCUGUCUGCCUGUGGGCCUUAACUCCAGGUCAGGGUAGUUUUUGUUUGGUGUUUUUUGCCAAUAGUGUAAAUUCAAGAUGGAAAUUAUUCUCUCUGUAAAAUUAAUGCAAACAGCAACUGCUAUGGCGAUCUAAUUGGGAGUCCAGGAGGGAGAGGGGUUUGCACUGGUGUUCAGAAAUGGGUGUGCCUUUGGCACAGGUGCUUGGCUAAUUUGCUGUGACGUGUAGAUGGAGUGUCCAUUGUGCCUAGAGUUCAGGAUGUGGCUGCAAAUUUAGAAUCCUGCUCACUUAGAUUUUCAGUCUCUGAAUUUCCUGAUAUUACAGAUUUCAGUCAAUCCUUUUGUAUUGCUGUAAUAUAGAUUUGUAGGGAGUGGUUUUCUUUUUGUUGUAUUAGUGCUUUUGCAUUAUUGAUCUGACACAAAACCCCACUGUAUUUUGCUUGCAGGUGCCUUCCAAUAUAUGCUUAUAUUUUGGUUAUUAUUAACUUAUAAUAUCCAGGAACUGUAAUUCUGAAAGAAAAUGGACAGAAGUAAGUCCUUUUUCUGCUUACCAAAUACAUUUUGUUUGUAUAACAGAUGGUGGUUAUUUGGAUAUGCUUUUAUCAUACAGGGAAUAUGGCUGGACAGAAACUCAUAAGAGAAGUCACUAAAUGGAAUUAUAGCUUCUGUUCCUUUCAGCAGAAUGGCGGCAAUGAUGUAUUUUAUCAAAUUCCUCUGUGUAUCUCAGUCAUUAACAAUAAUGUUUUCAUUAUCAUCCUUACACACACACACGCGUCCCUCCCAGCUGGUAGGCUGUGUGUCAUAACCCUGAGAGGCUCUGUUACCGAGGUCUGAUUGGUGGGCUCUGUUUAUUCUGUGACCAGAUUCUUCUAAAAGAAGGCAGGCCAUAGCUGUCUGAAGCUGAUUGGCUGUCCCCCUCUGACUUCCCCCAUUUCCCUUUCAGAGCACACACCACAGAAAGCUCUGUGCUGAAUCCUAACACAUCCCAAUUUACAUCCAUUCAUGAAUCUGUGACGUCAGCAAGCUUCUGUGCUCCUUUUGCAGUGGCUGCAGGAUUGUGUGGGUGGAAUUUCCUUUUAGUUUGCUAAGCUUUUUUUUUACCUUCCAUCUUUUUAAACCAAGAAAAUGGACCAUCAUGUGUAGGAAUUCUCCAUCCUUGUCCUGGGGCCAUUUGUUGCAUCUGAAUUGUGUAUCGUUAGUUCUCUAAGCACCGUAUCGUACUACCUGUUUCAUGCACAUGCACGGCACCAUGGCCAGUCCUCAGGAGCACCUGAGCUGGCCUUCCUCUACAAACUUGAUCAACAAAACUUUCAGUGAAGACAAAGACUUCAGUGGGAUACAUGGUGAUCAUGCACCCACCGGAAACCAUCCUUCACCUGAGAUCAUAGAGGAUGUGCGAGAGAAGGGCUUACUUCAGGCAGAUCUAAUAGAAAGUGUGGGCAGUCCAGUCACCACAGCGGUGUUGACCAGCGUCAGCGAGGACUCUAGGGACCAAUUUGAGAACAGUGUGCUGCAGUUGAGAGAACAGGAUGAAGCUGAAACAGCUGUGCCUCAGGGCAACAGUAACACGAUGGAUGUAGAGAAUAACAGUGGGACAGAUGACAUUAAAAUCCAGUUCAGCAGAUCCGGCAGUGGGAGCAGUGGGUUUCUUGAGGGACUUUUUGGCUGUUUGAGGCCAGUAUGGAACAUCAUAGGGAAAGCAUACUCCACAGACUACAAACUGCAGCAACAAGAUACAUGGGAAGUUCCAUUUGAGGAGAUCUCAGAGCUGCAGUGGUUGGGCAGUGGAGCACAAGGAGCUGUCUUCUUAGGCAAAUUCCGAGCGGAGGAGGUGGCAAUCAAGAAAGUGAGAGAACAGAAUGAAACAGACAUCAAGCACUUGCGGAAGCUGAAGCAUCCUAACAUCAUAGCCUUCAAGGGAGUUUGCACUCAAGCCCCAUGUUACUGUAUUAUCAUGGAGUACUGUGCACAUGGACAGCUCUAUGAAGUGCUACGAGCAGGUCGGAAAGUCACGCCUCGGCUGCUUGUGGACUGGUCCACAGGGAUCGCAAGUGGAAUGAAUUAUUUACACCUUCAUAAAAUCAUCCACCGAGACCUCAAGUCACCAAAUGUAUUAGUCACUCAUACAGAUGCAGUAAAAAUUUCAGAUUUUGGUACAUCUAAAGAACUCAGUGAUAAAAGUACAAAAAUGUCCUUCGCGGGCACCGUGGCUUGGAUGGCCCCAGAGGUGAUACGGAAUGAGCCCGUCUCUGAAAAAGUGGAUAUCUGGUCAUUUGGGGUAGUUUUGUGGGAGCUGCUUACAGGAGAGAUUCCAUACAAGGAUGUAGACUCCUCAGCUAUCAUCUGGGGAGUGGGCAGUAACAGCCUGCACCUUCCUGUCCCUUCCACCUGUCCAGAUGGGUUCAAAAUCCUCAUGAAGCAAACAUGGCAGAGCAAGCCCCGGAACCGUCCCUCUUUCCGACAGACGCUGAUGCACCUAGACAUCGCAUCUGCUGAUGUUCUUGGCACCCCUCAGGAGACUUAUUUCAAAUCCCAGGCUGAAUGGAGAGAAGAAGUAAAGAAGCACUUUGAGAAAAUUAAGAGUGAAGGAACUUGCAUACACCGGCUAGAUGAAGAGCUAAUUCGUCGCCGAAGAGAAGAGCUCAGGCACGCGUUAGAUAUCCGUGAACAUUAUGAGAGGAAGCUAGAGCGAGCCAAUAACUUGUACAUGGAGCUCAGCGCCAUCAUGCUGCAGCUGGAGGUCCGCGAGAAGGAGCUUAUUAAACGGGAACAAGCUGUGGAAAAGAAAUAUCCUGGGACUUACAAGCGUCAUCCAGUCAGACCAAUAAUCCACCCCAUUGCGGUAGAGAAGCUGAUGAAGAGGAAGGGGGUCUCUCAUAAGCCAGGGAGCCAGACGAAACGGCCAGACCUGCUGAAAUCAGAGGGCAUAUCCAGUGCGGAGGUGGCACCCAAUGGCUCACCAGUCUCAGGAAGUCCCAAAAUGUCAACACUCAGUAACAAAGGCCGAUACCGCUGCAAACCACGUCACCGACGAGGGAACAGCAAAGGCAGCUAUAAUGAAUUUGCAGGGAUCUUGAAAAAUCAGCCAGCACACGACAACUCACCACAGCCACCUCAUUAUCAUCAUCAUCCUCAUUCUCAUCUUCCCAGCCUACAGCAGCACCAGCAGCAUAGCCACCCCCAUUACCAUGGCCAUCACCCCAGGCUAAACAUCCAGGGGCAAGACAUCGCGAACUGUGCGAACAACCUGAGGUACUUUGGCCCUGCAGCAGCCCUGCGGAGCCCUCUCAGUAACCAUGCCCAAAGGCGCAUGUCCGGCUCCAGCCCCGAUCUCAUCUCUACUGCUAUGGAAGCAGAUUGUCGGAGGAAUUUGGAGAAUGAGGAACACAAGGUUGAUCACUGGCAGUGUUGUAAAGCAGACCCACACAACCCCUGUCCUCAGUCCAGGCAGGUGAACAGUGGUCAGAAACAGAUGCCGUCCAUUGAACCAGGGAUGAACCACCCUGAAUCAACAACAUGUGGUCCCUUGUAUGAAAAGGCCCAGCUUCCUGAAAAGAUGAAGGAGGAAGACCUCAACAGCUGCAAGUCAGUGUCCUUGCUAGGCACCCCUCAACACCAGGCUGCCCCAGUGCUACCUUGCAAACCGAGACCUAUUCAAAAGAGUGGUGACGACUCUUCAGAACAGGAAGAAGGAGAAGUGGACAGUGAAGUGGAGUUCCCACGGAGACAGAGGCCUCACCGCUGCAUUAGUAGCUGCCAGUCCUACUCAACCUUCAGCUCUGAGAACUUCUCUGUGUCCGAUGGAGAGGAGGGGAACACCAGCGACCACUCAAACAGCCCAGAUGAGCUGACCAACAGGCUGGAAGACCAGCUGACUGAGAAGCUGGAGGACAUGCUGUCCCAGACUCCGGAAAUCCCCAUCGAGAUCUCCACUCAGUCUGAUGGUCUUUCGGACAAAGAGUGCGCCGUGCGCAGGGUGAAGACACAGAUGUCAUUGGGCAAGCUCUGUGCAGAUGAACACAGCUGUGAGAACCAGGCACAGUUUGGAGAAUCGGAUUGUGACUCUUCCGAGGGGGAGUGUUCUGAUGCAACCGUCAGGACCAAUAAGCCCUGCAGUUCUGCUACUUGGUAAUGACAAAUUCCCCACGAAAGCCCUCCUGAUACUGGCAUUUGGAUUCCCCAAGACUCCCUUCAUUUCCCCCACCCCCUCAUACUUUGACAGGAAGAGAAACUGAUUCUCCUUCCCAUCCCAGAAAUGAUCUGCAAUAACUUGAAUCUCUGGAAAAAUGUCCAAAUGAAAUUAAUUCUCACUGAGCAUUUCAAUCAAGAAUGGCAGGGAUGUAUUUUAUUGAAUAAUCUAGCUACUGUAACAUUGAUAUUUAUUUUUAUUUUUUUUUACAUUUUAACACUUUUUACUGUAAAGAGUGGACUAUAUAUCAAGAGAGACAAUAAUUUGUUGCAAAAAAGUUAAAAAGCAAGCAAAUGAGAGACACAUCCUUGUGAGUCUUACAUAAAUAGCAUGAUGGACACAUCAGAAUCUACUGCUGCUCUCCCAAGGGACCAGGCCUCAUGGCCCUAAAUGUUGGAGAAUAGAUAAAGAGAAACAAACCAAUCAGUUUUAUCAAAUGAAGAAGCAUAAGAGAAACCUUGCUAAAAGGUAACCUAUGAACAAAUGGCAUUCAGUAUAACCAGCUGGGUCACUUUUAAUCAGAAAGUGGACAUGUUCCUGGAGAAAUUUGGUACCAAGGUGCUUACAUCCAGGGUCUUCUGAAUCAAUACAUUCCCCCAGGAAUGUGAUAAUGGGGGUUAAUUUAUGGGGUUUUGGUUUAUUUUUUAAUCAGCAUUUUGUUGUGAGAUCCUGCAGAUGUAUUCUAACCUCAUUCUCUCUCAAGACUUGCUAUAACAGCACUUUUUACCAUCACCAAUCAUCUUCACUAUGGCAGACAAAACAGUGUGAAUUUCCAGCUGAGCAGAGAAAGAUCUUUCAGCUGCAGAGUGCCAUUUUCCCACAGUUUACUUCCUCUCUUUACUUCCCUUCGUCCAUUUGUUUCCUUUGAUUAAAAAAAAAAAAUCAAAUCAGUGCUGGAAACACAAGAAGCAUGGAAAGCACAUUCUGCAAAGCCUGAGAACUAGUCUGGGGAAGAAACCGGAGACACCUGUACUGAACCUUCAGCGGCAACCUCUCACCUAUCAUAACAUCACACAACUGGCCAGCGCCAAGGGAGACAGCUGUGUAUUGGGAGCAAACCAGGGAAUACAUUGGCCUGGACAACAGUAUCAACCCUCCCUUUCUUCUGUUUAUUAAUGAUUUGGUUUUGGAAGCAUUAACAGCUGCCUGCCCUUCAUGUCAGGCUUGGUGUAAAACAGAAAGCAAAAUUUGGAUUCAGUUACCUAAGGGGUGGGUGGGAGAGGAGAGAGCACUUGAUUUUGGUUGUGGGUGUUUUAUGUGGGGGACCUCAAAGAGUGUAUCCCACUUCUGUAAAUUCCAGCCUGGAGGAGAAACUGAUGCAUUGUGGGGGUAUCUGAAAGGCAGAGGCACUGACAUUUGAGUGACCAGCCUAGCACUCCCAGGGGCCUCACUGGGCCUUCCGUUCAGAAACAAACGGCUCCUUUUAACUGACACACAGAACAAAGAUUUUAGUCCGUUUCUCAGUUAUUUUCCCUCUGGAACAAUUUCAGCUCUGCCUCAAGAGACCUGGGAAAGGCAGCUUCUCUUCCUCAUGGUCUGGCUAGCAUGGAUAGAGCAGUGUGUCCUGGGGAAAUCAGCCCUCUUAUAGAAGCCAUGCAUGAGCCUCAGAUGACCGGCAGGAAUGGACCGUAGGCAGGUUCUUCUGUUGCUUUUUUUUGUUUACAUUUUAUGUUAAAAUGUUGAUUUGAACGUAGCCUUGAUAAUUUAUAGCCUAGUGGCAAGAAUGAAGGAAAAUGUUUUGCUUAUACAAAGAGCAGUAUUGUAUGAGUUAAAUUAUUCCAUAUUUUAAAAUUUUUGUAGCUGGACUACAUGUAGAUCUUAAGUUAUUACAUUAUUUUAUUUAUUAACUUUUCUGUAGAUCAGAAGGUUGGCUUUACUGCUAGCACAAUUGUUCUCUCUUCAUGUGAUGUUAUUUCCUUCUUGUGCAUCAUAGAAGGAUGGGAGCAGAGCUGGUUUCAGGGGCUGUCAGUAUUUGCUCCCCUGCUGUGACCUCUGCUGGUGUCAUGCAGAGCACAGUCAUUCUGGAGGCUGUGUCAGUCUGGGCUGGCCUGCAAGGCGAAGGAGGAGGUACUCAGUUUCAUGGGCUUUAGAGAUCUUCCACACGGGUGAAACUGUGCAGUUUGGGUUUGCUCCUGAUUAACGGAGGGACAGCAGGGUGUGAGGGUUGGGGGGGAGGCAGAUGGAGUGAGGGGAAAGGGUUGGACAGGAGCGAGUGCUUUAUAGUGAGAAAUAAGCAAAAAGUUUUGAGCGAGCUUCUCUGGAUAAGCAUUCUGGGCUGCUAGUACAGAGCAGGGCAUCAAUUCUAGUGGUAGUGCUACAGAGGAGGUCCCAAAUGCUCGCAUAAAACAGCUAGAUAAAGGAGGAGAGAGGACCAACAGCCACCCUGUAGAAAUUGAAGGCAGGGGCCAGAUUGACCACCACAAAUGCAGGGGGGACCAAAUUCAGUGUGCCAGGGAUGGGGAGGUUCACCCCAAAAUGGAAUGCUGAUGCCUGGCCCUGCAGAGAGCUUUAAGCUCCAGCAGAGGCUGUGCUGCUAAGGGUGAUCUGGACUGUGAUGUGCAGAGAGGGCACUCAUGUGCCAAGCCAGCCCUGCUCACCUGAGAUGUCAAGUGUUUUCUUAAGAGAGCGCUCAUUUCCCAAGGCAGCCGUAGAGCAUAGGCAAGAAGGGACCGUCCGACCUCAUGCUGUAGACUGCCAGAGCCCUGAGUUAGGUGCUUCGACUCCAUAUCAAUCAGACCCUGCCUGAGAAGGCAUGAAGGAUUCCCUGGUGCCCACAGGAGUUGUUUUGCCAGCACGCAGAGAUAGUGGUAGCCCCUGGUGAGUGACAUGAGGGAGUUCUCUGAAAGUUCUUAGACUUACAAUAGCACCUGCUAACAUAUACUGGGAAGCAUGUGAGUUUUGUGGCCCUACCUGCUUUCUGUACUGUACGCCUCUUUAGGCUUCUUCAUGGCCUUGCCUUCAACCACAUUGCUCAGCUCCACUGUCUGUCACAAUCACUCCUCACUCUCAUGGAGAGGCAGUACAAAAUCAUCCCCUUUGGUGUGAGCACUCUCUGCCCUAGCAUUGGUCUGCUGCCCCUGUUCAUACUCAGAGGCACUUCCCCCAUUACCUGCUGGCAGGUAUCUGAAAUCCUGCCAACAGUUAGUGCCUCCCUCAGGACUCCUUCUAGUGUUUUUGCUCCUUGUACACUGGUAGCAUGCGGACAGCAGCUAUGCUGUAUGAGGUGCCGGGCUCUCCUGGGUCAUGACUGGAUCUUGGUGUGCACUGUGCAAUAGCUCAGGCAGCCCCUGAGUGCACCUGUGCUUGUCUCCAUCCCAGAAGGUUCAACAUGGUCUAGUUUUGCAUCUGCCCUUAAUUGAAGGCAUGUGCACUUUUCCCAGCAAAGAGUAUACCAUGCAUGUGAGGAUGUCCUGGCACUGGAGCCCCUGGCCUACAUUCCACACACACUCAUGGCAGCUUCCCUCUAACGUUCCAAACCUCUACACACCCUGAAACAACAGGUACUUAAAAAGGAAAAACCUACCAGAGCCAAUCACCCCCAAUUUUACUGGGCCAAGGAUCAAAGCAGGCAGCGGUCAGGUGUAGGUCAGAAGCAAUUUUAAGGUCCAAGAUCUUGUCAUCAGAAACUGUGAAGCCCUGGGAUCUGGAUAUUUCAGUUCUUGCUUCUGUCCCGAGAUAUCGGGCCUCAAACAUGCCACACUAUAGCACAUAGAACAACUAUUACGUGUGGAAGUUUCCAACCUAUUAUUUAGUCCCCAUCAGACUAGAUGACCUAAUGGUCCUAUCCAGCCUUGAACUAUGAUCAUUUCUGGGCUCCCCUUGCCCAGGGUGCUGCACACUUGGAUUUAUGUCACUCAGGCAGGCUGCCUUUCCAAGCCAAGGGAUGGAGCAACAGCCUGAGCUGUUUUUAAAAACUCCUUGAAACAUCAGUGAAAUAGUUUGCUCUGUAAACCAUGUCUUAUCCAGCAUAGGUUGCUGCAGGGCGUUCAGGGGUUUGUUUUGGAGUGCUGGCUUUGUCACUCUCAAAAAGUGCUGCUAUAACUGAUAGCACAUCCCAUCGCCACUGUCCCUCCAUAAGGGCAGGGCCUCACACAUCGCUGUAUGUCUGAUUCCACAGCACUGGGAGCUUUUAUAAAUAGUGUGCAGAGGGUGAAAACCAAACCAAGGUAUAGGAGUAGGAUAAAAGUCCUAAGGCUACAGGUGCUGGCGCUCCUGAGGAGUGCUAGGUACCAUAUUUCUGAACGGGGGUUGAGUUUAUGAAAGUAUUCAAGGAACAAGGUAGCCUGAGGAAUACUGUAGUAAGGAUCAUAAUCUGACCUGUGACAUGAAUAAAAUCCAUGCACCUGUGCCAGUGUUGGUGCAGUCUGAUGUGCCAAGGUAGGAAGGAGCAGGCCAGGUUUUGUAUUUCCAGGCAAUAGUUCUGUAACGUCUGCAAAGGAAUGUGUCCAUUGUAUUGCAAAGUCUAGACUUCAUUCACUGGUUAGACUGUAGCUCUUAGGAAGGUGAGAACUAGAGGCCAAGGCUGUAAGCCCAGUGUAACCUCACCGAAGCAUGUUGACUUACUGUGGAUUUACACGGGUGGAGCUGAGCGCAGGUGCCGCUGUCUGGCUUGAGUGCAGAGUUUGCACUAGGGGAUUACAAAGGGUGAGCUGCAGGUGGAAGCACUAGUAACAGUGCCAUUCGGCCUGGGCAAGGGCAGGCUCGAAAUGCCCAGAGAACAGCCCCGUGAGUAGACAGGCUACUUCAUUUUCUUUUCUUCCCUAUAAACUCUCCCUCCCAGGAGAAGGGUGAGUUGUGGGCUCACUGCCCACUCCUCACCCAGCAUGGCUUCUGACAGCUCCUCAACACCAGCCUGGCUUCUGGCGUUUAUGGUUAAUGUUGUUUUUCCCACUGUGUGUUAAAAGUGACCAUUUCAUCUCAGCCCUUCCCAGUGUCUCACAUCUCCCUUUCUCUCCUCCUUGCGCUGUGGCUUCCUGAUACAAACUUGAUUUCUGUACUGAACAGUGUACAGUGAUGGGAACAAGAAUGAGUGUCAAAGCAAACAAAUGCAUGGAAUAAAAAGCCAGUGUACUUCAA